AUGGCCGUUGAUAGCACCUUCCAGUAUAAACAAAAUGACGGAAAACCAGAUUUAGAUGCUUCAAAGAAUGAGAUUUCUGAAGUUUCUGUAUCAUUGGACAGACUUAAGGUCACAGAUCCAGCGGAGGUAUUGAAGACGGUGAAGAUAGAUACAUCAAAACCCGUGGACAAACCGAGGUCUGAUAAAGUUUCCGAUGAGAUUUUGUAUGGAAUUGAAGGAAUUUUUGAUGCGCUUAAGCAGUAUGAUGGGAAAUCUCCAUUUCUUCCGACCGGAAAAUUGGACGUAGAAGGUCUUAAAAAAAAAUUAUUAGAUGAUAAUUUAUUUUCAUCGUACAAGAUUAGCGAAUCGAUUUUUUAUGAUAGUCCGUCUGCGAAUAACUAUGACAAGAUUGUAUCUCCUAGAAACAUUCAAUACUCCAAAUUUUCACUCGAAACCUGUUUUUACAUCUUUUACAAUAUGCCUAGGGAUACUUUCCAGGUUUCUGCAGCCACAGAAUUAUUGAAAAGGAAAUGGUUAUACAGCAAAGCACACAAGCUUUGGUUCAAGAGUACACAAUCAGAGGAUAAAGUUGUAUGGACUUGUUUUGAUCCGUCAUCAUGGACACAAAAGACUUUGGAGACCAUAGGCGAAGUUGAGAAGACACUGCUAUCCCAGGAAGAGAUGGAGCAGUUGAUAGAGAGCACUAGUUAA